UUUAUAAGCGUUAUUAUAUAUACAGUAUUAGCAACAACUGAAAGAAGAAAAAAUAAUAUAAAAAUGUCCUGCAUAUCGAGCAAUUUUAGCUCAUUCUUUCUCAACUCCUUGAACGAUCCUUCAGAGUUUUCCAAGUACUUGAGCAAUGGCGAGUUGAAAUGUACAAAUUUCGAAGAAUUUCAAGUGUUUGCUCAGUCAACGCAACAGCAACAACAGCAGCAGCAACUACAACAACAACAACCACAAUCACAGUAUUCAUGCACAAAUGGCAUCGGCGUCGGAGGAGCAGAGCUCGGAUUCGAAACGGCAGCGACGUUGCAGUUGCAGUCGGCGCAGCGUGAAGCUGCGGAAACGCCGGCAGUGCUAAGCACACCGUUGCUCAACAACCGUUGGCCGACAGCGGUGGCAACGCCAAACGGACACGUGCCCGCCUCUGCCGCUGCUGCCAACGCUCAGCAUUUCGAUGGUUCCUUUGAGUUUAUCAAAUAUCUGCGCCACUCUACGGACUUUACGCCCAGCAGCGGCAGCAGCAGCGGUGUCAGUAGCAGCAAUAGCGCUGUCGGCGUCAACGUCAGCAGCGACGCAGUUGACAGCGCCGCAUUGGCAGCACCGGCAGAGAAGAGCAGUAAAUUGAUUGGAGCGGGCAGGAUUACAACACCGCCGCCAGGGAGCGCCACUGCUGGUGGUGCUGGUGGCAGUGGUAGCUGCAGUGUGGGUUUAUUGGAUCUGGACUCGGCAAACCCAUCGCAAAAAUCACGUUCGGCCUCCCGUAAAGUCGCCGCGCUGCUAUCUUCCGUAUCGCGCUCUUCCAAUAGCCUGGACGCCAGCACCUCCGCCCUGGACGCCGUCUUUGAUCACGACUCGAAGCAAACAAUCUUUGAGCUGCAACACUUAACGAGCACCUCGAACGGCUCGAAUGGCUCCAAUUCAAAUGAGUCGUCCUCGCUGGAGUUACUUGCCUUUCCCAACUCUCAUCUGAAUGCUUCCAAUUCAAAUACCUCCUCGGAGGAGCAUUGCGGCAGUGCAGCAGAAUUCGGUGGACUGUUGGGUGGAUCAGGAUGCUCGGCGGCUUCUGGCGCUGGUGGGGCGCCCAAGCUUUUAGGUAGCUUUGUGAUCAAGGAGAACUUCGAUGUGCAUCCCUCGCAUAAGGUAGAGGAGGGCAUCUUCCAGCACAUGAACAAGCUGCCGUCAAAGAAGAAGGAUACACUCAAGCAGUUGGGUGUACGAUUCACGGGCCAAAUGACAUUGACGGAUAAAUCGAUUGUGGUCGAAAAUUUUAUCAAAUUUUGCGAGGAAUACGAUAUUAAGGAUCAUCGACCCUGGUUGUCCUUAAAUCAAUGUGGCCUCAACAAACCUGAGCAAAUCAAAUUCGCACGCUAUUUGGGACAAGGAUUGCCAACGUUUACACUCUUCUGCAUUUAUAGCAAUUUUAAAAAUCUAUUUUGCACCAAACGCACAGAAAUCUAUACCAAGGAUGGCUACAAUCUGCCUUAUAUACUCGAUAAGACCAAGCGCUUCCUGGCCAACACAACAGCUGACCUCAAGAACAUGGCGGCCGCCAAUGACGGCACGCUCGAGUUUGCCAGCAAUAGCAGCACCAGCAGCACCAAUAGCACCAGCAACAACAACAACAGCAGCAGCAGCAGCAGCAGUGUUAACAGCAGUAGCAGCAGCACCAGUAACAGCAGCAACACUGUUAACAACUAUGUACCAGCAGCAGCAGCAGCCGCUUCUUCUCAAUCCUUGGACACACGUUAUAGCUGUGUGGCGCCGGCGUCGAUGUCCCUGUUACCGCCACCGUCGUUGCCGCCACUAGGACCGCCGCCACGUGCACUCGAACAGUUGAUCAUCUAUGAGAAUUUCAAUGUGCAUGAGACGCAUCGCAUCGAAGAUGGCGUCUGCACUCACAUCAGCCGCCUGCCGCCCAAGAAGCAGGAGCUAUUGAAACAGUUCGGUAUACAGAGUAGUAGCCAGCAAUGUCUGAGCAAUUAUGAAAAGUGCAUACUCAUCGAGAAUUUCAUCAAGUUCUGCAAUGAAUAUCAGAUAUCCGAUCAUCGACCCUUUUUGGACUUCCACGAGAGCGCUUUAUCCAAAUGUGAACAACUUAAAUUUGUACGAUAUCUGGGCCAGGGGCUAUCCAAUCUGACGCUAAACAAGAUCUAUGUGGCAUUUAAAGAGUUGCUGGGGAAUGGACGACCGGACAAAGCCGGAUCGGAGAGCUACAAUUUGGAUGCACUUUUAAAAAAGAAACGCAAGAACCUUUAUAAUCGACUUCAUGCGGCUGCAACAAGUAUCGAUCUAACAACGUUCGAUUCUACUUCCCAAGCAUCUCAGCCAAUUGGAACAGCACCGCAGCAUUCAUUGAUUACGCAAGCGCCGCGCCCACAACACGCCUUUGCUGCGUUAACAGCAGCCACACCACAGCAGAGCGAAUCGCCAUACAGUUAUGUGUCACGGUAAAAGCAAUCUUUAGCAGUUGCAGAGGUGUUGCACAGCAACAACAACAAUAAUAAGAGCAGCAACAACAAGAAAUACACUUACACACGAAUACAUAUUACAUAUACUUCCUGGAACUGGACCAGUAACUGUUGUGUCUUCAAAACGAAAAAUAAAAACAAAAACAAACAAAAUUAUACACAAAAUGAGGAAAAUUGUUAAGCGAAAUGAUGCUAAGUAAUAAAGUCAAAACUAAGUGCUAAAUUAUAAUGAAAAUAUGAGUAACAUAGAGAAAAAGUUAGUGUAACAAUUUGAAAUGAACAUAAAGGUAAUUAGAAUGCAAUUCCAGUUAGUAAGCAACAUAGGAAAUCCAAUAAGAAGCAGUUCAUAUGGCAACACUUGGCCUAUCUAUAGAGAUAUAUAUAUUUGUAGAUCGUGCUUCGGUUUCCGAAAA